AGUGGCGCUGUCGACGUUUGUAGACCAUUCACUAGUCUCAGCCAACGUCGGCUAACUCCUUAAGUAUAUUGAGAGCUUUUUGCAGAGGUGGUGAUGGGUGACAUUCGUCAGUCGUUGCUGCCUCGCGAUGUGCUGAGUGCCGCCAAAGAGCUGCUGUAUCACCUGGACAUCUAUAUCUGUAACAUGGUGCAGUCCGGGAGGCAGCCUCCUCAGGUCGACUCCAAAACCCAGGAGCUGGUGGAGGAGUUCAUCCUGCAUUCACCUAAGGACAGAAACACCCCAGCUAGGAGGAUGAGUGCUCUUCAGGAGCUCCAGCUCUUGGAGAUCAUGUGCAGCUGUUUCCAAGAACAAAGCCGCGAUACCGUCCGUCAGCUCAUGUUCUCGGCCCUCUUUAGUCUCCAAGGCAACCAGGCGGACGAAAGUCGCAUGGCGCUUUUAGGCAAGCUGGUCUCCAUGGCAAUCGCUGUGGGCAGGGUUCCCAUCUUGGAAUGUGCUGCUACCUGGUUACAGAGAACCCACCGUGUGUACUGUGUGCGCCUGGCUCAGGUUCUAGUAGACGACUACUGUAGUAUGGUGCCGGGCUCCGGGCCCACGCUGCAGAACAUCCACAACGCCAGCCCACGCUUCUGCUGCCAGUUCAUCACCGCUGUCACCACCCUCUAUGACCUCACCACAGAGGAGCUCACCCCUCCUUUAGAACUCCUCCAGAUGAUCGUGUCGUGGAUCCAAGAUGACCCUGGUCUGGUCCUAAUCAACUUCCUGAACACGGCCCUCUCUGGCAAUCAGCCAAUCAGCUCACUUGAUGUCACACCGUUAGGGGGGUUGGUGCGCUGGUGCGUCAAAGCCCCCCUGGCCUACAGGAGGGACAAGAAGGCGGGGUUAACCAAUGGCACCGCUGAGGGGGAGCCAGAGGUGGGGCCUCUUUUCUCUGCUCUCCAUCUGAGUGUCCUACAGGUCCUCAUGCUUUUGCCAAACAUACUAAAUGAGAAGGGGCUUUACGGUCGCCUGGCGCUGCUCCAGAUGGAGUCUCUGGCCGCACUGACCUCGGACCUCUCCAGGCUGUUGGACCAGGCCGACAAACACACUCACACAUCGUCCACAGAUGCACGUGGACUGUCUCAGCUGGCCCUGGACCGGCUGGCUCAGGCCCUGCAGGUGGCCAUGGCCAAUGGAGCUCUACUCUGCUCGAGAGAGGACCUGAGAGCCAUCUGUUCCCGCCUGCCACACAACAAUUUGCUCCAGUUGGUGUUGUCAGGCCCAGUGCUGUACUACAACAACAUCCACACGCCUCCACUGGCCUUCAGCCCGCACGCUGCUCAUUCCCCCAUCGCCUCACACCCGACACACCCUGCGCACACACCUUUAGCCACCCAUCCCUCCUCUCACCCUCAGUACCCCGCUCAGCCUUUCAUGGCGGGGAUGUCGUUCCCCUUCCGACCCAGCCACUAAAAGAAAUAAUGUCGAGCUUGUUUGCAGAUGUGAAGCUGUGUGUUUAUGUAUGUGUGUGUGUGUGUUUGUUGCUGUGCAUGAAUGAAUGUAUGUGUGAGUGAUGUAUUAUGUGUUAUGAUGUUAAUGAGCAGAUUUGCUUCUGCUGGAAGUCUGUGAGGCUAACACGUUUGUCCAAUAAAUAUUUUUUUACUUCA